GGUGGAAACUUUGAACAUUAGCUGAGUCAUCCCGUGAUCAUCAUCAUCAUCAUCCCAUCUUAUCUCAUUUCCAAUAAAAACACUCUACGUUUCCAAUUCAUCUCCCUCAAAUCGACACACAAUCUUUUGACAAUUUCAAUACUUUUACAAAUCCCAUUUCCGAUCUUUUCUCCCUAAUUUUCCCUUUCAUUUUUGCUUUCCUCGCCUGAGAGUUCACAGCUGAUCUCCUCUUUCCCCGCCGUCGACUCUCUGGGAUGGUAGAUUUUGACCGGGUUUACUUUGAUUGAGCUGAAUCGUCUUUUAUUGGUUUUGUGACGAAUGUUAUAUCGAUUACGACUGAUUGUUGGUUCAAUCACUUUUUCUCAGUUUUUUUGUGAGUAAUGUCUACGAGCUCGUUCAAGCAAGAGCAUGAGUUUGAAAAGAGACAUGCUGAGGCAGCCCGGAUUAGAGAAAAAUACCCAGACAGAAUUCCGGUAAUUGUGGAGAAGGCAGAGAGAAGUGAUAUUCCCAACAUUGACAAGAAAAAGUAUCUAGUGCCUGCUGACCUGACUGUUGGUCAGUUUGUUUAUGUUAUCCGGAAAAGAAUCAAAUUGAGUGCAGAAAAGGCAAUUUUCAUAUUCGUGGACAAUGUGCUACCGCCAACAGGAUCACUGAUGUCUGCCAUCUAUGAUGAGAGGAAGGAUGAGGAUGGGUUUCUCUAUGUUACAUACAGUGGAGAAAACACAUUUGGAUGACGUCUACAAUAGUACGCAGUUUCUUGCUCCCUCUCUACCUGUUCUUUAUUUAUUGUCUUCAUCAGUCUCCGCAACCCAUUGAUUAUCUACGUUGCUGUUUGUCCAAAUAUGCCGGCUCGUGUCUGUAAAUAAAUUGUACAGUGGAAGACUAUAUAUAUAUAUAUAUAUAUAUGUAUGUGAAAAACUUUAAUGCCCAAAUCAUUUCAACUUGUAAUCCCCUUGAAUUGUAUCUAAUGAAGUCAUAAAUUGAAACCUUUAAAGCUUCGAGACCUUGUCGAGAAUAUGGGCGAUGAAAUUCAAAUUCAAAUCCAACAUCUUGAGCUGAUCAAACUCGAUUGAAAUUACGAAUGGAUUAUCUCAGCUUUCUGAAGUUAAUGUAUAAUAUGAUUAUUAUUUCUUUCA